AUGGCGCUGCGUUGGACAUCCCGUGCGGCCUUUCGGCUUCCCAGUAGGCUGAGACGUAUCUCAGGGCAUGUCGCCCUUCCAGCCAUCUCUUCUGCCAUUGCCAAAUCUGGUCAUAACCAAGUGAGACGUUCCCCACUGCAGCUACGCACUUUCAGCAGUUCUUUGCGCAACUAUGGUGGCAAGAUCGUCGUGCGAGUCCCGCAAAUGGCCGAAUCUAUCACGGAGGGAACCCUUAAUCAGUUUUCUAAGAAAGUCGGGGACUUCAUUGAAGCGGACGAGGAACUGGCCACGAUUGAAACCGACAAAAUCGAUGUCUCUGUGAAUGCUCCGCAGGCGGGAAUAAUCCAGCAGCUGUUUGUUGCCGAGGGAGAUGUAGUCAACGUUGAUCAAGAAAUUGCAGAGAUCCAGGCCGGAGAAAAACAGUCUGCCAGUCAAAAUAAAAAGGAAAGCCCCAAGGCCUCUGAAGAAAUUGGCGAUGUGUUGCCAAAAUCGCAAGAUGGGGCCGCGAGCCAUAAUUCGACGCCCACGUUGGAUAAAGCAACGCCAGUGGCCCCGGCUCCAAAGCCUGAUGUGGCUCCUCGCGAGGAGCCUGUUCAAAAGCCAGAAAAGUCUGCUGCAAAUGUUUCAUCUGCUGCAAAUUCGCAUACUUCUUGGGGAUUUAAGCCCAGUCGCGCAGAAGAGAAGGUCAAAAUGACUCGAAUCCGCAAGCGCACCGCACAACGCCUCAAAGAAUCGCAAAAUACCGCCGCCUUCUUAACCACCUUUAAUGAAGUCGACAUGUCCCGACUAAUUGAACUCCGCAAGAACAACAAAGAGACAGUCACGGAAAAGCAUGGCGUUAAGCUCGGGUUUAUGGGUUUUAUGGCUCGGGCAUCCGCGCUGGCUCUGAAAGAGAUCCCCGCUGUAAAUGCAUCCAUUGAAAACGACGAUACUAUCGUGUAUCGGGACUACGUCGAUCUCAGCAUUGCUGCAUCUAUCCCGAAGGGGCUUGUCACGCCUGUAGUGCGGAAUAUAGAAUCCAUGGGGAUCUUGCAGAUAGAGAAAGCGAUUGGAGGAGUGGUGAAGAAGGCUCGGGAUGGCAAGCUAACUAUGGAUGAUAUGACUGGUGGAAGCUUCACAAUCAGCAACAGUGGAGUCUGGGGAUCGCUCUUCGGAACUCCCAUUAUCAAUCUACCCCAGACAGCGGUGCUGGGAGCCUACGGCACUAUGGAUAGACCCAUCGCUGUCAAUGGACAAGUCGAGAUCCGUCCCAUGAUGUACGUUGCUCUGACUUAUGAUCAUCGGAUCAUUGAUGGACGGGAAGCAGUCAAGUUCUUGGUCCUGGUCAAGAAGUACUUGGAGAACCCGGAGACUAUGAUGCUAGAGCUGUAA